CAGCAGGGACCCCAGUCAGCCUCAGGUGGGAGCAGCAGAGCGAUGGCACAGGGACGCCUCUACCCUCGACUCCCUCCUCCCCACUCCGGACCUAGAUUCUAGUGAAGCCCCUGCCCUGGGAGCAUCCCUCGACACAGGCAGGGAUGAGAUCCCGAAACCAAGGUGGAGAAAGCUCGUCUAACGGGCACUUCUCCAGUUCCAAGCCUGUCAUCAGCCAUGCAGAGAAUGAAAAACUUCAGGAGGAUGCCAAGAAAAAGAACAAACCUCAUCGGAAGGAAGAUGAGGUCAUGGUUUCAGCAACUGUCAAACGACACUCAAAAUCACCUGGUCCUAGUGAGAGAAAGAACAAGAAGUCCAUAGAGCUUUCUAAAGAAGACUUGAUAAAACUACUCAGUAUAAUGGAAGGAGAAUUGCAGGCAAGGGAGGAUGUGAUCCACAUGCUGAAGACCGAGAAAACCAAACCUGAAGUUUUAGAAGCUCAUUAUGGGUCUGCAACUCCAGAGAAUGUGCUUCGAGUGCUACACAGGGAUGCCAUCCUUGCCCAAGAAAAAUCUAUAGGGGAAGACGUCUAUGAGAAACCAAUUUCAGAGCUGGACAGACUUGAAGAAAAGCAGAAAGAGACGUAUCGGCGCAUGCUGGAACAGCUGCUCUUGGCAGAAAAGUGCCAUCGUCGCACCGUUUACGAGCUAGAAAACGAGAAACAUAAACAUACAGAUUACAUGAACAAGAGCGAUGACUUUACCAACCUCUUGGAACAGGAGCGGGAGAGGUUGAAGAAACUUCUUGAGCAGGAGAAGAUCUAUCAAGCCCGGAAGGAGAAGGAGCAUACAAAGAGAAUCAGUAAACUAAGAGAAGAACUAGUCAAGCUCAAAUCAUUUGCACUCAUGCUGGUGGAUGAAAGACAAAUGCAUAUUGAACAACUUGGUCAACAAAGCCAGAAAAUACAGGACUUAACACAAAAGCUAAAGGAAGAAGAAGAAAAGCUUAAAAUUAUUAGCACAAAAACAAAAGAAGAUGGUCAAAAACUGAUGAAAUUAGAGGCAGAACUUGAACACAAAACAUCAUUAUUUUGUCAAGAACAUGAGGAGAUGACUGCUAAACUGGCUAAUCAAGAAUCACAUAAUAGACAGUUAAGGCUCAAGCUAGUGGGGUUGACUCGCAGAAUAGAGGAGCUGGAAGAAACGAACAAAAAUCUUCAAAAAGCUGAGGAGGAACUUCAAGAACUAAGAGAUAAAAUAGCAAAAGGGGAAUGUGGGAACUCCAGCUUAAUGGCAGAAGUGGAAAACCUUCGUAAGCAUGUGCUUGAAAUGGAGGGGAAAGAUGAAGAGAUCACAAAAACUGAAUCCCAGUGCAAAGAGCUGAAAAAUAAACUGCAAGAGGAAGAGCAUCAUAGCAAAGAGCUGAAACUUGAAGUGGAAAAACUGCAGAAAAGAAUGUCAGAAUUAGAGAAGCUGGAAGAGGCUUUCAGUAAAAGUAAGUCGGAAUGCACUCAACUACACAUAAACUUGGAGAAAGAAAAAAAUUUGACUAAGGAUUUGAUAAAUGAGUUGGAAGUGGUGAAGACUCGAGUGAAGGACCUUGAGACAUCUGAAAGCAAGUUGGAAAAGGCUGAAAUAAGCUUAAAAGAUGACCUUACAAAGCUGAAGUCGUUUACUGUAAUGUUGGUUGAUGAGCGAAAAAAUAUGAUGGAAAAAAUAAAACAGGAAGAAAAAAAGGUUGAGGGCCUAAACAAGAAUUUUAAAGUUGAACAAGGGAAAGUUAUGGAUGUAACAGAGAAAUUGAUAGAAGAAAGUAAGAAAUUUUUGAAACUGAAAUCUGAAAUGGAGGAAAAAGUAUCUAGUUUGACAAAGGAAAGGGAUGAGUUAAUUGGCAAACUGAGAAGUGAAGAAGAAAAAUCAUCUGAAUUAAGCUGUAGAGUUGACCUGUUAAAGAAAAGACUUGAUGGUAUGGAGGAAGUAGAAAGAGAAAUUACACGAGGUCGAACUAGGAAAGGAGCGGAGCAUGGUUGUCAUGAGGACAACAAGAUUAAGGAACUUACUGUUGAAAUUGAAAGGUUGAAAAAACGUCUCAAACAACUGGAAGUGGUUGAAGGAGAUUUGAUGAAGACUGAAGAUGAGUACGAUCAGCUAGAGCAGAAAUUUAGGACUGAGCAGGAUAAAGCUAAUUUUCUUUCUCAACAGUUGGAGGAGAUGAAACUCCAGAUUGCCAAAACGAAAGCAAUAGAAAAAGGUGAAGUAGUGAGCCAGGAGGCAGAGCUGAGGCACAGGUUUCGUCUGGAAGAGGCCAAAAGCAGAGAUUUGAAAGCAGAAGUUCAAGCACUUAAGGAAAAAAUCCAUGAGCUCAUGAACAAAGAAGACCAGCUUUCUCAGCUCCAAGUUGAUUAUUCAGUCCUACAGCAAAGGUUUAUGGAAGAGGAAAACAAAAACAAGAGCAUGGGGCAGGAAGUCUUGAAUCUGACAAGAGAGCUGGAGCUUUCUAAGCGUUACAGUCGUGCUCUGAGGCCCAGCAUGAAUGGGAGAAGAAUAGUUGAUGUUCCCGUGACAUCCACCGGCGUGCAGACAGAUGCUUUAAGCAAUGAAGCAGCAGAGGAAGAAACUCCAGCAGUGUUUAUAAGGAAAUCCUUCCAGGAGGAGAAUCACAUCAUGAGCAAUCUGCGACAGGUAGGCCUGAAAAAACCCAUGGAGCGUUCUUCAGUGCUUGAGAGAUAUCCUCCAGCGGCAAAUGAGCUUGCUAUGAGGAAAUCCUGGAUACCAUGGAUGAAAAAGAGGGAGGCUGGGGCUCAGACAGCUCCUGAUAAAGGAGCCCGAACCCACAGUAGUCCAGCACAUCCCGGGGAGGUUGUCCUUUCACCAAAGCAGGGUCAACCUCUUCAUAUUCGGGUAACACCAGAUCACGAGAACAGUACAGCAACUUUGGAGAUAACCAGUCCAUCCGCAGAGGAAUUUUUUUCAAGUACCACUGUCAUUCCUACUUUGGGAAAUCAGAAGCCACGAAUAACCAUCAUUCCCUCUCCAAAUGUUAUGCCACAAAAAGGAAAAGGCAGUGAAAGUCCCAUGGGCCCAGAUCGUUCCAUGUCUCCAGUCACUAUUACAACAUUUUCCAGGGAAAAGUCUCCAGAGGGAGGGAGAGCACCCUUCACUGACCGACCUGCAUCGCCAAUUCAGAUCAUGACAGUAUCGACAUCUGCAGCGCCGGCAGAAAUCUCUGUCUCUCCGCAGUCGCAAGAUAUGACCAUGGGAAGGGCUGUCUUCAAAGUCACGCCAGAAAAGCAAACUGUCCCGACUCCAAUCCGCAAGUACAAUGCCAAUGCCAACAUUAUCACAACAGAGGACAAUAAAAUUCACAUCCACUUGGGUUCCCAGUUUAAACGUUCUCCCAGUGCCGCGCCUGACGGUGCGAGCCCUGUGAUAACAGUCCGACCAGUGAACAUCGCGGCAGAGAAAGAGGUGGUAACUGGUACUGUCCUUCGAUCACCUCGGAACAACCUGUCCCCGCGACCUGCAGCCAGCAAGGUGACAAGUACUAUCACCAUCACACCCGUUACAACAUCUUCCACACGAGGAACACAAUCAGUGGCAGGACAGGAUGGGUCAUCCCCGAGACCUACACCCACCCGCAUUCCUGUGUCAAAAGGUAUGAAAGCAGGAAAGCCAGUAGUGGCAGCCCCAGGAGCAGGAAAUGUGACAAAAUUCGAGCCUCGUGCUGAGACUCAGUCUAUGAAAAUAGAACUGAAGAAAUCUUCAGCCAGCAGCUCUGCCUCCCUGGGCGGGGGUCAGGGCUGAUGGCGGUGGCUCAGGGGAAGAAAGUCACAGCCAAAAGAAAUGAAGCUGAGCAGACCAAUAAAUGAUGGGUUUAAAAGUUGUAUUGUGCUUCAACCACCUCAGCAAGCUGUGAAGGACCCAGUGGUUAAAAGAGAAAGCAAGGUUGGAAGACCACCAAUAAAUUAUAAAUAAAAUUCACAGAAAGGAAAAUGCACCAGUGGUUGAAAUACAAAAUUUGGCCUGGGAGAAAAUAUUUGAUGGAAGACUCUGCCACCAAAGGUCAACAAAAUUAUAUUCAAUCCAAGCAAUGUUUAGUUUUCCAUGUACUUUACAUUGCUCUAGAAUUUCAGAUUCAGAUAUGACAAUUAUCCCAUUGUAAAGCUGACAUUUUAUUAUUCACAUGAAGGGCAUUUUUUCUUUGACACAUUAAAAAAAAAAAAAAAAAAAGAGUAGGUUUUGUUUUUUACAUGUGUAGCACCUAAAAUGCCUGUUAAUUUUAAGGUUCUGGUUCCUAUGACUACUCUAAUCCAAAAAUCAGAUUAGUAUUAGUAGCACUUUUUCAUAAGUUGUAUUCCUAGUCUUUCAGAUGAAACUUGAAAACCGGAAUUAGCAAGCAAUGUGAAUUACUAUGUAAGAAAUACAUCAGAUCCUCUCAAAUAAUUCUUAUCACUUAAAAGCCUCAGUAUGUUAAUAAAUUGUUGCUGAGAUCUUACUGUUCUUAUUGUCACACAGACUUUUAAACAGAUAUUUAAAGGAAAAAAGUUGGGGUUUUUUUUCUGGAUAUUCACUCUAAAUAUUGGUACUGAAGAAAGUUGUAGGGUCAAACCAGUCAAAUAAUAUUGCAAACAUGAUCCCCAAGCUAAUGUGGCUUGAUACAGCUGCCUUAAGCCUUCCCUGUGUCAAAGAAACUUAGUUCCUUAGUUAACUGUCACCAUACUCAGUGUUCUAUGUGUGCCUGUGGUUGAAAAUUUUGUUUUUGUUUGAGGUCUAAGAAACUAACUCACCUGAAGACACAAGCCAUCCUCACAGUACCUGAAAUCUAGGGCACACAAACUGGCACAGCUAGAGCCAGACUGUAAGCACAGGCUGGGAGUUGUUCCUGUAGAGUCAGUAGGAUUUGAUGAGACAGACUUCAGAAAUUCCAGAGAGGUCAGACUCAGGAUCCUGUUAGUUUUCUGCAGGGGCUGCACAUCAAAACCAGACUUUUGCUCUGCAGCAGAAGUCUAAAGAGUUGGAAUUGGGCAGCUAGUUGGUUAAACUGUUAGCUAAAAACAGAUAUUUAGUUUUACUCAAAACUUUUGACAUCUGUUUUAACUGACCUAAUAUUCUUGUUUCCUAAAGGUGGAAGAAGGGUAAGAUGAAAAGAAAGCCUAUAGUUCAGAAGUCUUAAAAGUUCAAGCCUAACUAUUUGUAUUACGUUGAAAUUUCCUCUGAAUCUGAAGACACUUAGGUUUAAUGACUACAGUAAGAUUUUCCAUUCAGUAGGUCAGCUCCAAAAGGCAAUUUAAACAACCAAAUUUAAAACAGUCUCUAAGCCCAAAAGGCAUCCUGAAGAUCUUCUUGAUGUUCUUCCUCAGCCCUUGUCUAGUCAGUGUUUCUUUUAUGACUUAAAUGUAGCACUGCAGCCUCUGUACCUCACUGAGAUCCAUAAUGCAGGUUUUAUUGUAUUUCCUCUGAGGCUUUUAAGUCAAGCCAUGAUUUCAUGGUCACUUAAAGUCAGGUUAUAACUCCACACUAGACUGAAAAGCUGUAGUCCUUUGUCACCUCCAGCCAAGAAAGUACUCACUUGACUAUGUGCCUGUCCUUUGAGCUGGCACAAGUGUUUGAACUUAACUGGGGAACUGAUCUGAAUUAAAAGGAAUCUGGCAAAAAAGAGUAAAGUCUGGUCUUAACGUAACUUAGUGCCAGGCUCACAGGCCAGAAGAAGAAAGGAUGAGGGCAUAGGAAACCAGCUGGUGUUUUAAAGUGACUGUAAGAUCAUGAAUGCAUUCUAGGAGAUCAAAUACCACACAAACGCAGGGGUAGUGCUGCUUAUUGUGAAAAACUUUUGAUUGAAACCUUUUUUUAAAGGUAGGAGACAGGUUCCCCUUCUCAACAGUAUCUGAGGAGACUCAAACCCACAUCAGCUGCAGGCAGGUUCACUAGUGGCACUGACAGCUGAGGGGGACGAAGGUGGCAUUCUCAUUCCCUCCUGGAAAGGCUGUGCCGUUCUGCAUGGAAUGCUUCCAUAUUCACUGAGCAGAAACAAGAAAGUGGUUGAGGGGUCAGGAUAUUGAACUAGGAGGGAGCCCCCACAGAUUUGUGUCCCUGUUCCAAAGACUGCCUUUGAGCCUGGCCCUUUUGAAAAGGAAGCUUAUAAGAUGAAGUGUCUGUGUUCAUCCAUCCUUCCACCUCUCCUUCCCUUAUGAAUAACACUGAACACACCAACCAAUUUCAUCCAAACCUGACAAAGCAGUAGGGGUCUCCAGAAUAAGAAGUUGUUCCAGUUUAAUGAAAAGGACGGCAGAGAAGAGGAGCAAGACUUUAGCAGUGCCUCACUGUGUGGAAGAGUAGGGCAUGAGCUCACCUUCAUACAGCAUCAAAGAAUGAACACAAGAGUGAUGUCAGAAGUGCCACAAGGACAAGCUUUGUUCAGACCUCAGAAUUUACUAGGCACCAAAGAAUUAAACUCUGGCACAUCAAUCCAAAGGAAAAUAUUAGGGCUUUAUUACAAGGCUUUUUUGUAUUCUGCAUUACGGGAUUAUAAAGUGUAAACUAAGCCUUCCUAAGUGAUCAUUUGGAAUCACUCAUCCUCAUGCUUUCUCUCUCUUACCUUUUUUCUCCACCAUUUUGUUUGGGGUGGGUUUUUUUGGUGGUUUUUUUUGUUUGUUUGUUUGUUU